UAAUAAUAAUCUCCGCUUUAUUGUGCAACGGGCUUGCUUACCGAAAAGACGUGUGCUUGUGCGUCACAGUGUGCUCUCAACAUGUUGUUCCCUUGGGAAUGGUUAGUUUUGUCUAUACUGUUGUCAAACUUUAAGUACUGCAUGGGUGUGGUGGAACCCGUUCUAAUCGUGCACGGUGGAGCAGGGACCGUGUCGGAAGAUCGUAUACCGGGCAAACUGCGCGGUGUCACACUGGCGGCCAAGGUCGGCUACCAAGUGCUGGCCCGCAACGGGACGGUGGUGGAAGCGGUCGAGCAAGCCGUUCGCAUCAUGGAGGCGGAUCGGUUCUUCAACGCCGGCUACGGAGCGGCCCUCAACAUCGAGGGAGACGUCGAGCUGGACGCCAGCAUCAUGGACGGUGCAACGAAGGCCACCGGCAGCCUGAGCGGCCUGCGCGAUCUGCUUCACCCGAUCUCGCUGGCCCGUGACGUAAUGGAACACUCCGGGCAUAACUUUCUCAUCGGAGACGGAUUGGUUUCCUUCGCGCUGGACCGUGGCUUUCGCUUUCUGGAGCCCCCGGGACAACUGGUCACCCAGCACUCAAAGGAUGCGCUCGAGGAGUGGAAAGCAUCCGACCAAAGCUACCGCUCGGGCGAAGGUGGUACGGUCGGUGCGGUAGCGAUCGAUGCAAAUGGCAACAUUGCAGCGGCGACCUCGACCGGCGGUGUGACGGGCAAGCGGGUUGGACGCGUCGGAGACACGCCUAUCAUCGGGUCCGGGACGUACGCCGAUAACGGGUUGGGCGGUGUGUCACUCACAGGCGAUGGCGAUAUCAUCAUGAAGGUAUGCCUCGCGUACGACGUACUGCGGACGGCUCAGCUGACCGACCGCGCGCUGCAACCGGUCGCCGACGAGCUGCUGGACGCGAUGAGCGCCGCACUGGGCGGUACGGCCGGACUGGUGGCGCUGGAUCGGGCGGGCGAUGUGGCUGUCGCACACAACUCGCUGCACAUGUCGUGGGCUUAUCAGCGGGGCGAUACGGUGGCGUACGGGGCGAGCAAGGAAGAUUUCAACCUGAUGCCUGCCACUGACACCCCGUUCGAUCCACUCCCGGGAGGAAUGUGAUUUGGAAGAUUGUUGAAACAAUAAAGCCGAUAAGUGCUACAAGACAAAA